AUGUAUGCUGCGAGGAAAAAAUAAGUUGAAUCUGAAAUAAGAAGUCCUUGAUCAAGAAUUUUUAUUAGAAUAGGUUGGAGGAUAGCGCCGCAUAGGAACAGUGCUGGCAAUAUGACCCGUUGAAAUUUGAAACCAGUUGAAACGUACGAAGUCGCGACAGUACCACCUUGAACCAAUGAUAGCGUAAUAUCGAAGAAUUUUUCGAAGUUUGUCGGUCCUGGCUCGAAGUUCGCCAGUCUACUAUGUUCAGAGUAUACUUGUUGCACGCGGUGGAGUUGGAUCGGUGGUUGGUCGAGGAGGGAAGAAAGGGGACAGAGACAAGAGUAGAAGUAGAAGAUUCUUCUUACGUUAACGUGGGACUUCGCGAGCUUUCCGCAAGCUGGUGAGCGCGUCUCGAUCAAUUAGCAUAUGCCACUUCCUAGCGGGAAUUUUGUUUCACUGAUUGAAUAAAGGUAAUUAGAUGACAGUGUGCUAUUAUAGUGUAAUCCAGCGACCGUUCAUCUGAUAUCGUAUACUGACAAAAAACAGUCGGGUCUCGAGCCAAAACUUGACACUUCUUUUUUUUUGUAUUAAAGCGGGAGACCGCCUUUCUAACCUAAAUUCUAAAUUCUGUCAUGGACAGAAUGCGGGGUAGGGUAAGGAGGGCGAUAACCAUGAAUCUCCUUCUCUUUUUGACAGCUAAAAAUACGGUUUUUUGAAGGAACGACCGCAACAUCGAACACCUUGACUAUUUCGGAUACGAUACGUCGCGCACGCAUCCUGACUCGUUCACGUAGUUUUGUCUCAUAAAAUGCGCGCUUUUUCAUCUUUUACUGUAUUAUGUGUUUUUCUACUCUACAAACUGCGAUUAGUUAUAUUUGUAUUGGUUGGUUAACAUUUCCAUAUCGAGUGGGAGCUAUCGAGUUGUUGUGCAUUCGUAAUUUUUUUACUUAACAUUUAAAUGAAAGUGUGUAAUUUACGAUGGAUUAAUACACGACUUAUAAAUGAAAAUUGUGUGCUUUGAAUUUGUCAUUCACUAUAUACCGCCGUCGAUAGAAUCAGUUGACAAGAUAGCUAAAUUAUAUGUUUUGUGCGCGAUUAAAAUCUUUUUCUUUCUUAUUUACAAUUUUAAUUUAUGUGAUAAAAAUUAUAAUUAUGUAUUUGUAAUUUUCAUGUGUAGCAAAAAAGUAGAUGUAUAACGAUAAUUAAGUAAAAUACUCGUUUUUUAUUUGAUAUAUUGUAAUAAUUAUUAAAAUUUCAUUGAGGAGAUGAUAUUAAAGCUUAAUUUUAGUCUUUGUUAUAUCUAUUGUUAUGAAAAUAUAUUCAUUCUUUAGAAUGAAAUUAAUCACUACUUAAGCUUAGAUCAAUUGCUAUUAUUGUAGAGCAUAUUCAUUUUGUCAAUCUUAUCUACAGUAUUGAUAUCUGUAAUAUACAGAAUAAUGUGCUGAUCAAAAUUUAAUCUGUAUUUUUUAUAAAUAGAAAUAAUAAUAUAUUUGUAGUAUUCACUUUUGGAAGUUGUAAUGCAAGGAACAUUGAAAAAGCACUAAAUUAUUAUUGUAACAUUUGCAAAUUACAUUUCAGUGUAAAAAAUAUAUAAUUUAUAUCUAUGAUUUCAUAAGGCAAUGAUGAAUUUGUUUUAUUAAAUAUUAGUACUAUAAAAAAGUGUAAAUUAUAUUUAUCAUUUGCAUAUAGAAAAAUUAAAUAUUAAAUAAUUAUUUUUAUUGUUAUUCACAAUGUUGUUAUUUAUUCUUCAUAAUAAAAUCUAUUAACUUAACUAAUCAACUAGUUACAUUUUAUAAUAUAUUCUGAAUUUAUAAAUGUAAUGUAUGAUUUUCUUCUUUAAACAAAUAUAUGAUAUAUAAUCAGUAACAUUGUUAGCUGUAAUUGGAUUCAUUAUCACUGUGAUUGUUGCAUAGAUAGCUACUUCCUAUUUGAUGUAAUAUCUUAUUGCCUAUACUGUGAUGUAAUGAUUUUUUGAAUAGACCAUAAUGCUGUAUAAUAGUUUGAAUAUACUUUAACAUUAUUUGCUAAUAAAGAAUAUACAACAUGUCACAUCAUUUUGUCACAGUUUGUGUAGUUUGUGUUUUAUGUGCUGCACACACUCCAUGUUCAGCACAUACUGAAUUCUCAACAGCGGGACAAACAACUCAUAAUUUUGUUAACUCUGAGAAGCAAUUAGGACCUAAUGAACAAUUACAACCAUCUUGGUUAUUAAUAAAAUCCAAAGAUACACAGCAGAGGGAUGUGAGAAAAUUAAAUUUAAAUAAUCUAGGUGCUUAUAACAAUGGUGCUGUUGAAUUUUCGAAUGUGUUAGAUAACAAUAGCAGAAGCAAAACUAUAUUAUUGGUACCAAUUGCCACAAAUGAAAUCUAUACUAAAAACAAAAACACAGAAAUUGUAGAAGUUAACGAAAAUGUUGAAAUCCCAAUAAUAGGGGAAGAUCCAAACAGCUUAGAAGAUAUAGAAAUAUUAGAAAGGCUAGGCCAAAUUGAAAUUAUGCACAAUGAUGAAUUAAAUGCAGCACAAUUUAACGGAGAUCAAAAUCCUCUUAACAGGAUUAGGGCAAAAAGAAAUGUAGAUAUUAUAGAUGAAAAAUAUUUCAUUGAAAAGAUUUUUGAAGCUUAUGGAGAUGGUACAAGCAUAACAAUGGAAGGCUUUGAAAAAUUGUUAAAAAAGUUAGGACUAUUGAGAUUAUUAACAGAUAUAUCAAGCGUAGAAAAUCAUAAUACUAUUACUAGUCAAAAUGAAAAUCCACUGGACAAGUCAAAGAAUUUACAAAAUAAUGGCCUACCAGAAUAUGAAAAUGGAGCUAAAAAGGAACGGUGCUUAAGUAGUAAAGAAUUAUUAAGUACUGUUGCAAGAGAUAUGCCAUACAAUUUGAUCACUAAUAAUAAUUCAACAUUACCAAGUUGGCUUUUUGAACGCGUGUGUCCAGCUCUUGUUUACCAACUAGCAGGUGAAUCAAGCUCAGAGAGAAAUGGAUGUAUUCGUGUACCAGAGAAUUAUAAGCCAAUAAUUAAUAAAUAUCACGGAGAAGACGUUACUCGAAAUAUGGUUCAAGUGUGGGCCUAUUCAACAAUCAGUAUUCUAAUAAUCAGUCUCUGUGGUUUACUUGGUGUAGCUGUUAUACCUUUCAUGGGUAAAAUUUAUUAUCAUCAAUUAUUGCAAUUUUUAGUUGCACUUGCUGUAGGAACAUUGUGUGGUGAUGCUCUUAUUCAUCUUUUACCACAUGCAAUGAUGUCACAUCAUAAUCACGAACAUAUUCAUAAUGACCAUGCUGAAUUAGAUUCUAAAGAAGAACACAACAUGAAUAUGUGGAAAGGGCUAGUUGCAAUGAUGGGUCUUGCAUUAUUCUUUUUUACGGAGAAAGCUUUAACGAUGUUAGCAGAAUGGAGGAAACUUCGACAACGUCGCAAUAAGCUUCCAUCACGUGUUCGAGUAAUGAGAGAAACUGAUGGACCAAACAGCAAUGUUGUUGGAGAGAAACUUUGCAAACACAAAUAUUCGUCGUAUCCAUAUUGUUAUGGUGAAAUUAGCACGGAUCAAGAUAAUCAUCAUAACCGCCAACAUAAUAACCAUGAGAGACCUCCUGUGAUUGAGGAGGAAAAACCAUUGACGUCUAACUGCAAUUCAGUUUCAAAAAUUAUGACGAAUGAUGUAGAGAAGAAACCAACUGAAGAUUGGAGAUUAGAUGAUUCAAUUGUAAAUACUAAGAAAAAUACGGAUGGUGCAGAUAUACCUUUAAAUGAAUCAGAAAGUUAUACUGUUAUUAUACGCGAACAUGAAAUGAAACAUCAUGGUCAUACUCAUUCACAUGGCCACGUUCAUUCUGCACCUGAAUCUAUGUCUAGUGUUGCUUGGAUGGUAGUAAUGGGUGAUGGUUUGCAUAAUUUCACAGAUGGUAUGGCUAUAGGCGCUGCUUUUUCAGCAAAUAUAGCGGGUGGCUUCUCCACAGCAAUAGCUGUAUUUUGUCACGAAUUACCUCAUGAAAUAGGAGAUUUUGCAGUUUUGUUAAAAGCUGGUAUGAGUGCUAAACAGGCUGUUUUUUAUAAUGUGUUAUCUUCCGUACUUUGUUUGUUUGGUAUGAUAUUUGGAGUAUUAUUAGGGAGCACUCCUGCUAUAAGUAGUUGGAUAUUUGCAGCUGCUGCAGGAAUGUUUAUAUAUAUAGCAUUAGUAGAUAUGAUUCCAGAAUUAUCUUCAAGUCACUCUGUGGAGCGUAGUUCUCAAUGGCAAUGUAUUUUACAAGCGUUAGGGCUAUCGUGUGGCCUUGGAAUAAUGUUAAUUAUAGCGCUCUAUGAACACGAUCUUAAAAAUAUAUUCAGUGAUUAAAUUUACAAAGACUGACAAGUUUUUUGAACAAUGGUAAGCUUGCAGUACUUUCUAGAACUAUAUUUACAGUCACCAAUUAAGUCAAUAAAGCUUUGACUGCCCAUUCUUACCGAAACAAUAUUUACUGUUACUAUAAUAUAAACAAUUUACUUUUUCUCCUUCUCACAUUUAGCAUAAGAUUUCUUAUUGAUAGCAACAUAGUUUGUUAUUAAAAACUUAAGAAGGUACUAUAAUGGAAUAAAUGUUUUACAAUAUUAAGAGUAUUCGGUGCACAAGAACAAAUGAGCUAAACAACUUGAAGAAAGUUAGGUAAUUCAAAUGCAACGACAAUAUUUGAAGUAUGCUUAUUAAAAAUUAUAUUUGAGAUAUUGCGUUCUUUGAAAACAGUAAAAACAGUGAGGAUUCAAGCUAAAAGUUGAACAUUUUGCAAUUUAUUUGAUAAAUUAUUAUAAAGAUAGGUAAUUGUAAUCAAUUUUUAACAGAUAAUUUUUUAUAUUUUAUUACUAAAAUCACAUAAAUUUAUGAAAAUGCCAUGCAGUUCUUUAUUUUAAGUCUAUUAAUUGUAAAUGAUGAUUGGCUUACAUCGUAAAAAAUGAGAGAUGUAAUGUUCUAGUUAAUAUAAAAAAAAUUGUGUACAAAAAUUGAAUAGCUAUUACUUCAUUGACAUUUAUUUUAAUUAAAAUAUUUUUAGUUUAAUGUACCCGAUUCUCUAUAAACAAUAUGAACAUUUUCAUUCUAUAUUUAGGUGAGAUAUGUGUCAGUAUGUAUAUGUAUUGACUGUUGUAACAAUUAUAAUUAAAAUCUAUAUUAUUUCCUUAGUUAUCAGACACCUAGCAUUUACAUGAUAUGUAUGUGUUUUACAAUUAUCAUUGUAUCAGUACCCAAGUUUAAUUGUGAUAUAUUUAAUAAUUGCAUUCUUUAUUUUGAUAUAAUAAUUUAGAUAAAUACAGCUUCAGAUAAAUACUUUGUAAUUGAAUCAAUGUUAUACGUAAUUCUAUCAUGAAUGUAUUAUUAUAAAAGUUAACAAAGUGCUCUAUAUGCUUUACGAUAAUUUUAAGCUGAAAUAGAUAUAUAUUAGUUGAAUUAUAAGAUCAGAAAAAAAAGCAGUGUUAUCAAGUCAUUUAUUAUUAAGUUAUGGAAAAUUAGACACCUUGAUCAUAAAUGCAUUUUAAACUAGUAUGAAAAUGUUUAUUUUUUGAAUCUUUGGUGCUUAUUUCUUUCAAAUUGUUUUGUAGUAAUUAUUCUGCAUUUGCACAAAGUUCUAAAUAUCAUACAAUACUAUCAAGAAAGUGCAUAUACAGGAUGGUUGGUAACUGGUCGUACAAGCGAAAAGGGGGUGAUUCUACGCGAAAAAAGAAGUCGAAAAUAUAGAAUAAAAAUCUUUUUAUUUUUUUUAAUUUUUCCAUUGAGACAACGAUCUACAUUGAGAUCCGUUAUAACGUACCGCACGCGUACCGAGCGAAAAUUCAAAGUCGAUUUUCUCGAAAACAAAGCCUCAAGCGAAAAAUUUUUAUUCUAUAUUUUCGACUUCUUUUUUCGCGUAGAAUCAUCUCCUUUCCGCUUGUACCACCAGUUACCAACCACCCUGUAUAUAAGUUUGUGUUUUAGUAACUAACUACCAAAUAAGAUGAUUAUUGAUAAUGUCACAGAGUACAUAUUCUAGUUUUAUGUAACUAUAGAUACACUUAUACACAAAGUAAAUUCAUCAAGUAUGGACACAGAUAAACUGAGGCGGUAAAUCACUAUUCAUAAUUGGGUAUAUUAAAAAUUUUAAAUACUCAUACUGCCACAGUAAUUAUCAAUUGUUGAAUUGGUAAUUACAAUUAUAUGUACAUAUCUGCAUGUCUUAAGAUAAUACACAAUUAAAAUUUCUGAGCUAAAUAUUUUUAGCUGUACUUACAUAAGAAAAUACAACCAUUAUUUACGAUUGUAAAAAAAACUGAAACAUCUUCAAUUUUCUAAAACUGCGUUUUAAACAAAAUUUGUUUGCAAUUAUUUCUAUACAGUGCAUUUAUUGUCGUAAUGAAGUGGAACAUUCAUUUUCAAAACAUAUAUUGUGCACUUUUUUAUUACUUAAAAAAUUUACUAUUUAAACAACCAAAUUAGGGUAAAACCUCAUCUACUUAUUGUAAGUUACAUUUAUUUUGUUUGUAUGUUAAUGAUUAAUACCAUGAUCAAUAACUAUGUAUUUUUUUACAGAAAAUGUAAAAAUUGAAAAAAAGUGUUAUAUUCUUGUAAGCAAAAUACUUUCUUACAUUAUAUCUUAUAUUAAUACUAAUGUAUUUAACUAAAUGAUUUGCGCUUUUUGUAAAAAUUUAAAUGGAAAGCAUAAACGUUAGUUUUUGGAAAAAUGUUCAUAUAUUACUCUAUCCUAUGGAAGAUUUUAAUUUCUCUUACAUAUAAGUGGAAAUAGUAAAUUUGUUGCUUUGUACUAAAAAAAGAAUAUUUCAUUGUUUUGAGCUCAUUGUUUUUUUAAGCAAAUUUGUUCUUAUUUACUGUAAUACAUUUUGAUAACUACUUUAUUAAUAGUUAUUCUAAGAUGCUAUACUUAAUCCUUUAUUUGUAGUGAUCAUUAUAUUCUUCUCAAUUAACUUUAGUAUCAAAUGAAACACAAUAUCAAAAAAUAAAUAAUAUUGAAAUAAUAAUUUAUUGGAAAAAUGUCAUAAUAGAGGAAAUAAAAUAAUCAUUUAAGAAGGUGCAUUUGUAUUUUAUUUUUAAAGUUGUACAAUGAAAAGGUGACAGUGGCUGUCACAAUAUUUACAAAUGAAAAUGAUUGUUAGUAACUGCACAUGUACACAAAUACAUGAACAAAUAAAUUAUAUUAAUACAUAUGAGUAGUUUAGAAUAAUAAUAGUGUAACGUCCAUUAUUGAUUUUUCAAGAAAAACAAGCUUUUGUGAAAUGUUCUUGGAUCAAUCAAAUAUUAGGUCAUCCCAUAAGUUCGUGCCGUUUUUCGAGCGGUUAUAUAUGUUAAGAUUGUUUACAUACCCUUAAGUUUCAUGAAAAAAUGUAAUCCCCCUCUUGUUGUACAACUUCUUCCCAUUUUUCUGGUAGGGCGUCUCAAUAAAAGUUCUCUUGUUUUCCUUUAAAAUAAUUUUCUAAGCUAUUUUUGAGAAUGUCAAUAUUUUCAAAUUUUUUACCUACUAAAAAGUGUUGUAAUGCUCUGAACAGGUGGUAAUCAGAUGGGGCAAUGUCUGGGGAGUAUGGGGGAUGUGGUAAAAUUUCCCAAUUAAAUUCAGACAAUUUUUUUGUAACGCUUUUCGCGACAUGCGAUCUAACGUUGUCGUGAUGGAAGAUAUCGUUGUUCCUAUUCACUAAACCUGGUCGUUUUUCAGCUAGUGCUUCCCUUAAUUUUUCUAACUGA